AUGCACUCUCCUGUCAACUAUCCCUCAUCUCUUGACACUCCCUCAUCAUACACAGUGCCCGCCUUUCUGUCAAGUUGGUUCACAUCCAGGAGGAGCUCCACCCCUGUUCAAACAGCUGUUGCAACACCCAGCCCCAGUGGGAUUGCAAGCACCAAAGAGUCCUCCAUUGUCAGUGCAGAGUUGCCAGCUGGCGACACCGGAGAGGUCCAACAGCGAUCAGCUACUCUUGCCAAAAUUCUCCAGUUUCUAGCACACGUGCUCCCUGGCAAAGAAUUUAGGCAGCCUGCCUCUCUGGAGGAGUUUCAGGCUAUCAAAAAGGCCUUGCAUGGUGGAGAAACCAGGUCAAAUUAUUCUAGCCUUUGUCUCAACCACUUCAAUAACCAUAUUGUCAUUAUGAUGCCCUCACUUGCACAUGAGAUCGCUGCAGGUCUCCUCUAA